AUGUUACCCAGUUUUCUCCAAUAUAUCGGACCGGAUUUUAACUUCACACUGUCUUAUGUCAUUCACAAUGGCUUCGAGUUGGACCAGGAUUUUUAUGGGUGUUCUGGGGGUGUUCCAGAGUCAAAUCACCACCGGAGACAAUACUGGGGAGUCUACUUUAUCACUGUCGGGAUUCUCAUUUUAAUUCUGUACUCCACUUGUCUCAUAGCAAUUGCAAAAAGUGACCAAAUGAAAACUUCCGCUUAUAAAACCAUGUUGUUCCUCGGUAUCUGUGAUCUAUCUUCCACCAUGAUCCAUUCCGUCGCAACUGGAAUUCUUGGGUACAAUGGAAUUGGUUUCUGUGACUAUCCUCGUCUAAUUUUCACCCUUGGCUCCAUCGGGUUGGGCUCCUGGAUGGGAUGUUGUAUCUCCAGCAUGGUCUUGGCGUUUAUCAGAAUUUGUGACUUGAAUUCACAAAUAAAAAUGAGAAAAUGCUUCGCUGGUUGGAAAAUUUAUGUGAUCCUAUUGGUGUUUUUCAUGUAUAGUUUGUACGCCAUGUUUCUAUCAAAGCCUGUGAUUUUUAACCCCGUUUAUAUGUCAUGGUUUUUCGAUCCCGGUGUUGGAAAGGAUCCCACUCUUUACAUAAACGUUAUCCAUACUUUCAAUAAUAUUAUGAUGGCUGUCAGCACUCUAGUUUUCUAUGGUUAUCUGGCAAUUGUUUUUUUAAAGGAGUCGAGAUCAAGUGCAACAAAAAAAUUGACUAAAAUGCAGGUUACGAUUCUCCUCCAAACAUUUUUCUUCUGCAUAUUCCAUGCCAUCGGUGCCGCGAUAUACGCCUACAUGCAAUUUUUCGAAUCUUCUGAGUUCAUAGUUCUUGUUGGGCAUCUGGCAUGGCAGUCUAGUAGUGGCUCCGUUUGUAUGGUCUACCUGACACUCAACCGUACAAUCCGAAGAUCCGUCGUGAAACUGGUGUGCUCUAGGAAAUACAAUGUGGAGAACCACGCCCCAUCUAUAAUCUCGGUGCAUCCUAGAAGUCGAGCGAAUAGUAGUAUGUUUGAGAUGUCUAAUUUUCAUCAUUUUCAUUGA